UGUGAAGAAUCUGUGAAAGAGAAUAUUAUAGAAGACGGUACUCACAGAGAUGAGAAAUGUGUAAAGAAAUCUGUGAAUGCACAGAACCACAAAGGAGAAACUAACAUUCAAAGUGAAUUUCUGCAAGACACAAAUAUCUCUGAGGAGGUCGAAGUGGAAACUGAAUGCCAUAAAACAGACUGCUGUGGUUCUUUAGAGAACGAAAAAGAACCAGAAAUCUUAAAGGGCAGGAAUGAAGUACUUAUAGAAACACAAGAUGAAGAAAAUGAAGGGCUUUUAAAAGACUGCCCAGACUCUCAGGACAGAAAUAAUUCUGUACAGAUUGCUAAAGCUUUAGAAAACACCUGUUCUACCGACACAGAGGAAGUAUUAACAACAAGCCAGGCGCCAAGCAUAGGCAUGAAUAUUCCUUCCAUCUCUAUUGUCAGCGUGCCAGAAGAACAGGAUGAUACAACUUGUAACCAAGAAGAACACGGUACUGCUGAUAAAACUCUCAGCCAGCCAUUGGUGCUUGUAAGCGAGGUGACCGACAUGUGUGCCGACAGUACUGCAAACCCAGAUGAAAAAAGCUCUACCUCCAGUAAAGAUGAUAAAAUUAUUGCUGAGAGUCUGUUUGAAAAUGCUAACCCAACAUCUUCUGGAGAAUUAAUGGAUCUAGAAAAUCAGCAUUUAAAUGAUAUAAAUGAACACGAUCUAUCAUCAAAUGAACACAUGCAAGGUCAGAUUGAUAUAAGUGAAGAUGGCGACAAAUGCGAGCCUCCUCUUGAUGAUUCUCAGGGAGAAACUAACUUUUCUACAGAGGCUGAAACUCAUAUAGUGGAUACUGAGCGUGCUGUAAAUUCUACUGAUCCACCUGAUGGACACGAGAGCAAAUUAGCUGACACCUUUUGUAGCAGCGACAUAGCCAACACGCAGCUCAGUACACUGGAUCCAUUCAACACCGAGCCAAGUGAUGAGAUAGGGACGCUGCGCUCUGAACCAGCUACCGUGUCCAGAAACAUGGACCUUUUGUUUUAUACAGACUUUGAUCGAGGUUCUCCAACAGAGGAUCUGGUUGGUGACCCUGUGGAGCCCAUGGAUCUGUUCUACCCUGACAAAGAAGAGCUCAUGUUUACAGAGCAACCUGACACUGAAGCGCAGACCUGGCCCUCUGUUUUGAGUGUCUCUGCUCUGCAGCCAGCACCACCUUCAGACAUUCUGCCAGAUGACCAACAAUUCGAUCCGCUGGGUGAAGACUUCAGGGAAGUGGACUUGAUACAGGAGCACGAUAAGGUGAUCACAAAGGCCACCCAAGAGACAAAGAAUGUAUUUGGAUCCCAGCAGCAUUGCUUGUUGCCUGGAGUGAAGCUAUGUAAGCCCUUAGGAGAUGCUGAUGUUCUAGCAGACAGGAGGGAUCCCAGUGAGGCUGAGCAACAGAAGCCAGUCUCUGCCAGGGAAAACACAGAGCCUGUGAGGAGCAGUGCAGGUUCCAGCAAACAAGGUGAAAGCCAUAUCCCACCAGUUCUCCGUCACAGAAAGGGGGCUCAUUGCCCUGAGUCAGUGGACAGUCAGAGAGCUGUAACUGCAAAAGCUGACGGCGAUGACUCUGAUUUUUGGUGGAGGGAGAACUGGGAGCUACGUGUGCUGCUGCUGCUAUGGUUACUGCUCUACUGUUUCUGGGUGUUGCCUCAGAUCGACCUGAAGACACUGCCCAACAUGCUGCUGAACCGCUGAACACACACACACACACAUGCACAAGCACAGCUUCUCUGAGCUAUGAGGAAAAAUAAAAAACUUUAAGUUUUUUAACAUGCACAUGCUCACACAGCCAACUGCCACAUUUUAAUGAAUCUACAUUAAGUGAAGAUAUUUAAAACAUGUAUAAUUUCAAACUUACAAGAGUUGGUUUUCUAUGUUUUGGUUUUUGGCUUCUAGUGUGGCUUGAAUCAGUCUAUGUGAGAGUGUAAAGGUCACUGGGG